UGCACAGCCAUGCCACCCUGAAUGCGCCUCUUGCCUUGGGACUGCUUUUAAGCGAGCCGUUUCCCACAACUCCACCGUGCCGCAGAGCACAGGCGGCUGGCGGCAUCAUGGCAGGUGGACAGACUGCGGCGUGCGACAAUGAGCCAAAUGGCACAAUCCUGCCAUGUGGCUGGAUCCUGCCAAACGGCAGGGCGGCGGAGCCCCGAGCUGUGCCGACACCACCACAGCUGGGCGAACCACAACAAGCAGCAAAGGCGCGGCUGCACCGAGGAGCUGCGGUGCGGUGCCAGAAUGCCCUCCAGCUGCCCUGAACUCUUGUGCUGUGCGGAACUGCUGUCCCAGGUUGGAGAAUGCCGCCAUUUUGGCACCGCAGUCUGUGGCCAUGAUGCAGCCCUGUGCAGCUCCCGGGAUCCCCUCCCCAUCACUGGAACUGCCCAUGCCCCUCGUCACCAUGGAAAUGCCCAGGCCACCCCUGCCCAGAGCUAAUUGGCUCAGCCCAGAAACCCCACCCACAGUCCUGCCUCUGCUGGCCAUGCCUGCCUGCCGCUGCAGCAUGGGUGUGGGGCCUGAGAUGACAUCACUUUGAGUCCCUGGAUUUUGUGCCUGUGUCAUACCCAGAAGUAGACCAGAAGUAGGAAGUAACAUUCCGGCACUGGUCCCAGCCCUGCAGCCUCAGUGCAGCUGCAGCCAAGGCUCCAACAGUUCCAAAGAACCACAUCGCUGAUGGAAACACAAGAUGGAACCUCCACCAGCCCCAAAGAAGAAGCCCCUGCAGUCCUGACAAAACCAGGUCCAGCUCCAUCACCACUUCUAUCAAACACCAUCCCAUCACAUGUUAACUUCAGACUACAAGCCCUAAUGAAAGAUGCAAACGUGUACUCCAACCCACAGCACUUGUUCUGAAAUUUGGGGACUGAGUACACCAAACACGAUAGAUCAGUGGGAUACAACAGGCCUUUACAGCUUCUCUGAACAAACCAGAUCUCUCGAUGGCCGUCUACAGGUAUCUCAUCGUAAAGGAUUGCCGCAUGUUAUUUACUGUCGUUUGUGGCGCUGGCCAGAUCUUCACAGUCACCAUGAACUUAAAGCAAUUGAAAACUGUGAAUAUGCUUUUAAUCUUAAAAAGGAUGAAGUAUGUGUAAACCCUUACCACUACCAGAGGGUGGAGACACCAGUCUUGCCUCCUGUACUAGUGCCACGGCACACUGAGAUUCUAACAGAACUGCCGCCUCUCGAUGACUAUACCCAUUCCAUUCCUGAAAACACUAACUUUCCAGCUGGAAUUGAACCACAGAGCAAUUACAUACCAGAAACACCACCUCCAGGAUAUAUCAGUGAAGAUGGAGAAACAAAUGACCAGCAGUUGAACCAAAGCAUGGAUACAGGAUCUCCAGCAGAGCUGUCUCCUAGUAGUCUUUCUCCGGUUAAUCAUAGCCUGGACUUGCAACCAGUUACUUACUCGGAGCCUGCAUUUUGGUGUUCAAUAGCAUAUUAUGAAUUGAAUCAGAGAGUGGGAGAAACCUUCCAUGCAUCCCAGCCUUCCCUGACUGUAGAUGGCUUUACAGAUCCAUCAAAUUCAGAACGAUUUUGUCUAGGUUUGCUUUCCAACGUAAACAGAAAUGCUACAGUGGAAAUGACAAGGCGACACAUAGGAAGGGGAGUACGUCUCUAUUACAUUGGUGGAGAAGUUUUUGCUGAGUGCUUAAGCGAUAGCGCGAUUUUUGUUCAGAGCCCUAACUGUAAUCAAAGAUAUGGCUGGCAUCCUGCAACUGUGUGCAAAAUUCCACCAGGAUGCAAUCUAAAAAUCUUUAAUAACCAAGAAUUUGCUGCUCUUCUGGCUCAAUCUGUGAAUCAGGGUUUUGAAGCAGUUUAUCAGCUUACUAGAAUGUGUACCAUAAGAAUGAGUUUUGUUAAAGGAUGGGGAGCUGAAUACAGGCGGCAAACAGUAACAAGCACUCCUUGCUGGAUUGAACUUCAUCUGAAUGGACCUCUACAGUGGUUGGACAAAGUAUUGACUCAGAUGGGCUCCCCUUCAGUACGCUGCUCCAGCAUGUCGUAAAACUCCUUCCUCUGUUACCAGUGGGCUAAAUAUCAAGUCUAAUCAACAGACUUAAUAUAACACCUCGUCUGCCAUAGUAUUUGUGUGUGGUCCCCAUGAACUAUUUACUGUCUAAAAAGGUUUUUAAAAAAGAAAAAAAAAAAAAACCCAGCACUUGAGGUCUCAUCAAUUAAAGCA